AUGGUUUACCUUGUGCUCACGAGAUUGCUAGAUUACACGAGACAAGGUCGUCCUAUUCCACUCAGUAGCAUACAUGUACAUUGGACGCGCCUUACUAUAUGUGUGCAUAAUCCGAAGGAUCAGAAGUUGGAAUUGACUUGUAUCCCAGAACUUGAGUUGAUUUUAAAGUGGUUUGAAGAGUUUGAUAUUGCCACGCAAUUGGAUAUGUUAAAGAAGUUGAGGGAAAUUGCAAAUCCAGCGAGCACUUUUCAUAUUGAGCCCGAUGUGAAACCUAAUCCACGUCGAGGACAUAAGAAAAUUGAUAUAUCUUGUCGUCUUGACCCGUGUGCAUUUGAGUUAGUUGACGAUGAGCAUGAUAGCCAGAGCACAUUAGCUUCCAGUCAGUCAAAGAAAAAGAGAGCUUCAAAAGUGCAUGAGAAGAAGCGGAAUGUGAAGACAAAGACAUAUCGUACAAGAACAAGUUUACCGAGUGCAUAUGCUGUUGACUUUCCGCCUACGUCAAUACCAUUCAUAAAGUUGAUGAAGGAUGUAGAUGGUGAUAGGAAUUGUGGAUUUAGAACUAUUGCAGGUUUACUUGGUCUUGGAGAGAAUGAUUCGGUGCGAGUUAGGCGUGAUCUGCUACUUGAAUUGAAUAAUCACAGAGAUGAAUACGUCGUACUAUAUGGGUCGCAUGAGAGGGUUAAGGAGCUAACACACAUCCUUUCAUAUUUUGAAAAUAGCCCAGGCUUUGAUCGUUGGAUGACUAUGCCUGACAUGGGGCAUCUUAUUGCAUCAUUUUAUAAUGUAGUCUUGUACCACUUGUCAUUGCAACACUGUCUCACUUUCUUACCUUUGAGAUCACUGCCGGUAACCCUAGCUGAUCGUCGCGAGAUUGCCAUUGGAUUUGUCAAUAGAAAUCAUUUUGUGCAGGUGUUUUUGGAAGCCGGUCAUCCAGUUCCUCCCAUUGCCAUAGAUUGA